AUGGUACAAACAAAAAAGUUCAGAGGUGUCAGGCAACGCCAGUGGGGCUCCUGGGUGUCAGAAAUCCGACACCCUUUGCUGAAAAAAAGAAUUUGGCUGGGUACAUUCGAGACGGCCGAGGCCGCCGCGAGGGCGUACGACCAAGCGGCCGUCCUAAUGAGCGGCCAAAACGCGAAGACGAAUUUCGCGGGUGGCUUUGCAGAUGGUGGAGGAAUUGCUUUAUAG